AUGACCCUCGAAGAAGAUCUUAAGACCGAUAUCGUGGUAGAUGAAGCCAUUUGCAUCGUGGACAACGCCAUCCUGACAGGCUGUUACAAAAUAGACACGCGUGAUCUGGAUGGCGAUACAAGUUUUCUCGCUGAUCUUCUUACGCAAGACAACCCAAGUGUCGAGUUCAUCGAGCAAGAUCUACGAGAAGAACGGGAAACGGCAGUCCAAGCUCAAGUUGUACUGAACUUCGUCGACGAUGGUUUGAUACUAGUCAACGACCUAAUCGGUGAACUCGAACAGCGACUUGGACAAAUUCAGCAGCGUUUCUACAAGUACCAAGCUGAGUCCGCACAAACCCAGAGGCAGCAGAUGGCAGACGUCCUGUCGGAAGAAGCCACACGUCUAACCUACUCGUUUGCUUCGAAGGACGAGAUCGCUAAUUUAAAGGACAAGCUACGAACGCAAACCGAAGAUGUGGAAGUCUUGAAGAAGAAUCUUGCCGAUCUACUUGCAACCCAAAGAACAGACGGCGUUCAAGUACAAGUUCAUCAAGGCAAGUGCGAAGAAGCGGUUCAAGUCUCUAGUGCUCAGAAGACGACACGCGUAUUCGUGGAUGGACAAGUGCAAGUCUCCCAAGUAGACGACAAAGAAUACUUCGAAAAAAUGAUCGAAGAGGUAAACAAUGAAGAUUCAAGUGUGGAAAUGUACUCAAGACCUCAAUCUCCAGCACAUCGAGACGAAGAGUAUAGCCUCAAAGAGCGCAUAUUCUUAUUAGAGGAGGCACUCGAUAAUCUACCAUUCCGGAACUUCGGAGAAAGCUCGAAGGGUGUGGAGGAAUGGGUCGUAUGCGCGUUUUGUCAAGUAAGAGCAAGUCACUACUCGGACUCGUGCCCCAAUGCUCGCAACGGAGAUGAACACUUCCAGAUAGUGGUGAAGAACGAGCUAUGCAAGUAUUACCUCGAGGAUUGCCCAGGAUUUCCUUUGAACAGAAAAGGCCCGAUUCUCCCACUCGACAAUGCCCGGCCACACAUUUCAAAGGUGGCUGCUAAAGUUGGACGAGUUAGGCUACGGAACUCUGCUUCACCCACUGUAUUCGCCGGAGCUUUCACUACCCAACUAUUACUUUUUGAAACAUCUGUACAGCUGCGUAAGAGGCUCCCAAAUGUCGGACUUCUACGGACUUUUAUGCAGCAGGAAUGUGCAUCUGUGUGUAGUUGUAUCUCGUUGACAAAGUACAAGUUUACAUCCGCGUGGCGUGGUCAAGGACCAUUUGGCGAGCAACUAAACAAGUACACAAGUCAGUGUCACACACAACGCACUGCAGGUCUAAAAAUGGAAUAUCCAGGAGGCAAAAAUCGGUUUUUUCGAAAUCUGCUAUUCUUCGCUCUUCGUCGAGGCCAAGUAGCUACCGAAGUAGUCCGAGUGGGACUGACCACAGACGUCAGCAUCACCAACUGCUACUCACCAACAUCAGCAGCUGAUGACUCCCAAGUUUACGAGAAGCUAGAGGAACUAAUCCGCAACGAGAGACACGGUAGCACGCAUGAAGAUGUGGAACAGUCCAGUGAGAAGACAACAGAAGAAGAUGUUUAUUGA